UAAUGGCGAUGAUGAAUUUUAUUGGGAUUUGUUUUUUUUUUCCUUUUGUUUAUAAACAGAAGUAAGAGAGAUAAGGGAAGAAGAGAGAGGUACCUCUUUGCUUCUUUCUUUCUUUCUCUCAUCCCUUUUUAAGAAUCUCUCUCUUACCUUUUCUUCUUCUUCGUUUGAUUCUAAUUUUGGAUCCCAGACCAGGAGGGUUUAUAUACAUAUAUUUGUGUGAAAUGAUUCAGAUUUUGGACUUGGUUCGUCUGAAAAUGUUUUGUUGAACGGAUUGCUUCACCGGAAAAGGGUAACUGCAAUGAACUCUGUACCUGUUACCCUCACAUUUUAUGUAGCUUCAGCAGACUGCUCUGCCAUAAACCAAUGUCGGAUUAAUGUUAAUUGUUUGGUUUCUUGUAUGCGGGUCUCUAGUCAAGCAAUGCAUGACUUGUGGAUGCCUGUGACUGAUACAUAGUUCUAGAUUUUUUAUUUUAUUUAUUCUUCUGCUAGAGAUAGAGAGAGGUAGUCUGUAUUGUUAGGAUUUGGUGGUUUGUAGUCGGAGUUUCUAGACAAGUAGGGAUUUGGAAACUGACAUCUCUCAAGUGACCAUAACCUCCCUUUUUACUUGAAAAUUUCCUUUGAGCAUUGGUUAUGGGUUUGCCACAGACUGCUUCAAGUGAACAAUCCCAGGAAGCUUUGUCUGCUCCUAGUUGUAGCCUUUCACAAAGUCUGCCUGUGUACGCUACUUCCCAUGAUUCAGAUGGCAUUAACAGUGGAAGUGAAGAAGGUAUCUGCUCUUCCAUUGGAGAAUUUGAUAGAAAAACAUCACUGGAGCCUUUGGAGUUCACAGAUGAUUCGUGUAGGUUCCAUGGCACUCGUGUUGUUACCUCAUCAAGUGCUCAUGGAUCGACUAGUUAUGCUGCCAAUAAGGUUAGUUCGAGUCUAAUUGGAGCUAGAAGGAUAGUUGGUUUUGCAUCAAGCGAAGUUAGCUCGCUGGACAACAAACCAACGAGUGUCGAUGUUGAUCACUCUCUAUCAUCCACUGGUGGAGUUACAGGAGUAGAAAUUGGUGGAGCGUUAGUCAGGAAACGAGUACUCUCCCCCCUGAAUACUCUCUUCCCUGUAAAAUUCAGAGGUGACCUGCUUGAUAUCAGCUGUGGUAACCACCAACAAAUUACUUAUUCUGGUCAGUCUAAUGGAUUCUGCAACUCUGUCGCAUUAGAUCACAGAAAGGCUAAUGCCCCUAGUAUGUUACAUCUCUCUACCACUCCUACGACCACAACCUCAUCUAGUUGCUGGGAUCGGAAGAAUGCCUCAAACAGUGGUAGACUCUCGUCCAUGGUCUUCACUGAUGGUCCAUUGCUUGACUCUGUAAACCUCCGCCGACCCACCAAAGGUGAGGUUUGCUUAUAUUCACCACAAUAUGAAACGUAUGGCAUGUCCAAUAAGCCCUUACCUUGUGAUAAGGAGAUAUCUGUCUCUCCGCCGCUUUGUAUGUCACCACUUGGUCCGAAGUUUUCUGAGAGAAUAAAAGCUGUAACAAGUGGCCAAAAUGGGAAGAUACUGGAAGAUUUAAGGAAUAUUAGUGAAGAAGCAGAAUUAAGAAUUGAUCAUAGAUUAUUUGAUGAUGCAUAUGCCGUUAGGAGAACGUUUUCAAUGGAGAGAAGUACUGAAUCAGCUCCGGCAUCUCCAUGUAAAAGGUUCGUUAGAAGCUUGAGUGGACGCCCCAUUCAGAGGUCAUUAGUUGGUUCUUUUGAGGAGUCACUAUUGACAGGAAGAUUGUCAUGCGGGCCAACAAAUCAGAUUGACGGUUUUCUUGCCGUUCUUAGUAUUGCUGGGGGAAACAUCUCUCCAAAAUCACAGAAGCUUCCAUUCUCAGUAACUAGUGUUGGUGAUGAUUGCUUCUUGCUAUACUAUGCCUCCAUAGAUCUCGCUGGAGGAUCUAUAUUGAACAAAUUCUGGGGCCAGAAAAUGAAAACAAGUCAAGUGAACUCUGAUGGUCAGAGUUCGAAGAGCCAACUGCGGAUCCCUAUGAAGGGCCGGAUUCAACUGGUUCUUAGUAACCCUGAGAAAACACCUCUUCACACCUUCCUCUGUAACUAUGACUUGACUGAUAUGCCAGCUGGUACAAAGACGUUCUUGCGCCAAAAGGUUACUCUGGGAUCAUCAAAUCCAACUAGUGAAGCAACAGAGGAGAACGCUAGAAAAGCCAAAAGCUUGGUAAAUGAAAACUCUAGAUAUAGGGACAAAAAGAGUUGUGAAGGAUCUGAUUUAGUAGAUGCAGUGGAAGGAGAUGGAAAAUUUGAUGAGUUACAUGAAAGUGAAAAAAGCUGUAUAAAGUUGUCUAAAGAAUGUAAUGGUGGUUCUGGUGCUCUACGCUACGCUCUUCAUCUGAGAUUUCUUUGCCCAUUACCAAAGAAAGCUUCAAAGAAAUCUGAUGAAACCGAAACUACAGGACAAAAUAAAAACUUGGAUUCAGAUGGGAAGAGGAGAUUCUAUCUGUACAAUGAUUUGAGAGUUGUGUUUCCUCAACGCCACACAGAUUCUGAUGAAGGAAAGUUGAAUGUGGAGUACCAUUAUCCAGAAAACCCAAGAUACUUCGACAUCACCGACUGAGAACUUAACUGGUUCGGUUGCAUGGUUACAUAAGCUUUAUGGUUUUCUUGUCCAAGAAGGAAGAAAUCAAUGGACUUCUUUGUACAUACAAAUUUAGUUACAAUGGCUCUGACCCACUUUGUACAGUUACCAUUUCGGGGUUUUCGUUUACAAGAACAAAAAAAAGAUAUGGAAAACUGAAUAAGAAAAAGUUAUAUUAAAAGUUGCUAUAGAUUACUGAAGCUA